GCGUUGGAGUUGUUGUCGCGUGUUUUUGUUUUCGCCUAGUUGGAAUCAUAUUUCAGUGCCAUGAGCUUAGUUAACAGCACAAAGCGAGCUGUUGUGUCCACUUUGGUAGCUUGAGUUAGUUUGGGAGCCUACCAGGCAAAUCGUACUUGGCCGGAGUACCGUGUAACCUGUUAUGACUCGGUGCCUGACUACUUGUUCUGUCGAGAUCAUGCGCCCAGAGCAGUACGAUAUUCCAUGUGGUGACGAGGACGAAGAGUAUGAUGAUGACUUUGACGACGACGACGAGCUUGACGGAUACGAUGGUUUUAGUGAUCUCGACGAUGGGGAGAUUGAAGACGGUCGACCAGUCGCAUACCACGGAAACGGGUUGGACGAUGAACGGGCGAGAAACGUUUCGCGGCGUCAUCGGUCGAUGAGUGAAGGGAGCGAACUUAUCUUGGAAGCUGGUGAUGAUAAUCGGCGAGAUCACCAUAACCAAUUGGAACGGAAGAGACGUGCAAGCAUCAAGACUAGCUACAACGACCUCAGAGAAGCUAUACCCAGCUUGCGUGGUUCCAAGGCUUCGCGCGCGGUGAUCUUGCAGCGUGCCGUUGAGUGCAUCGAGGAAUUAGUCAAAAGAAAUCGCGACCACACACACUGUGUGGAAACUCUUAGACGCCAGAACGAUCUUUUAGAUUCACGGGUACAAGAGCUUCAGCGUACGGUUCAACGACUGGAAGGAGAGGAAGCAGCCACAGCCUCACUCCCUCUUGGUACAACUAUCGGGCCUCCAACGAUGAAUGGAACUUUGAGGCUCUACUCAGGGACUCUUGCUGCCUCUGGUUCAUCUGGAUCUUGCUCCUCCAGUUUGCCCAUCUAUCGGCUGAUGCCUCAAGAUUCAAGUGACCGAAGGACCAUACUCCGUUUUUACGGAUGUCUUCAAGUCAAAACCAACCUGUCGGUAACCUCAACUUUCCGUGUCUUACUGCUCGCGACACAGAGGGUUUUUCACGCUAUUCCAAAGCCUUUGAAUGCCAUCUCCCACUACAUACGCAAACCGUUGGUUAGGCCACUGUGCCUUUCCAUGAAUGAACAAGUUCCCCAACUAAUCGCGGAGCAAACCAAUUCGCCGAACAUUGACACUGUUUAUGUCUACCGUUCGAGCAAUUCGGGUGACAGUCGCAUUGAAUUUGAGCUAUAUGUCACACUCUCCUCUCCUAACAAUUGGAGUACCCGGAUACGGCUGAACAGAUUGAGUUCGGAAUCGGUAUCCUCAUUUCUUGAUCGGCUCACUCUUUCUGUUCUGAAAGCUUUUCAACAUAAGCUGAGAAAAAAAUCUUCAAAGCUGUCUGACUGCUCCACAGAUCUGUCUCAAUUUGGUGCAUUUAAAGCAGAGCUCCUCAAAUCGCCUUCUACCGAUAGUAACCCGAUGCUAACUCCUUCGCAUGUGGAUGAAACACUGUGUUUGGAAGAGGUGUUUUUCGCUUUCCCAUCGUCUACCAAUCCCGCUGGAGAUUUAACGUUUUGGCUUCGUCUCAUUGGCCCGUCUCAAGAAAUGAAAUUGUACAAAGUGGUUCGCAAUCCCGCCCGUGUGAUCAACUGCCGUUUACGUACUCUACCAAUGGUUGGAUGUCCUCUUGUCCCCUUUCUUGAAACGGAUAAUGCUAGUUUAACGCGAUCUGAGUUUUUAUGGUUCCUCACCCGUUCUACAAAAUGGCCCACUAAACCUUGCCACACUGGUUUGAUAUUCACGCCCGGCCCGGAACACUUGGGGUGUCGCGUUCGAUUAAACGUGCGUCCACGCGAUGAGGCAGGUCAACCAGGUAUUCCGUUCGGUACUUCAAACCAGUGGCAAUGUUACGGAGACCCUGUGGAAUGCGCUUGGCCCAUCACUGAAGGUCCGAAGCAAGUGUUGCAUGCGGAAAGGUUAAAAGCUGUCGGGAAGCUGACGUCUCCGAGAGAAUUUCGAGUGCUCAGUUACAACCUACUCGCAGACAUGUAUUGCUCCAUGGAAGGUGGGCGACGCAUCUUUCGCCACUGUCCCGAGGAGUAUCUAGACAGGAGCUACAGACUACCUCUCUUGUUACGCCAACUCCUUUCCUUCAAUGCUGAUUUUCUCUGCCUGCAGGAGGUUGACGCGAGUGUAUUUCAUCGCUAUCUUGGACCUGCCUUGAGGUAUUCGUGUAACAUGGAUGGGUUGUACUUGCCGAAACGAAAGUUCUCACAGGACCAAGACGGUUCAUCCUGCACACCAGCAUCCUCAGAAGGGGAAAAGGGCGAAGGCUGUGCCAUUUUCUAUCGCACUGACAGGUUCAAGUUGAUUGAAGAGAACCAUGUGCCAUCUUUGAUGCUCUACGCUGAAACCAAUCCAUUUGUGAGCGAAUUACUCAAGCGUCCUUUGCACCCCUCCAUCGCCUUGGAUCCCACACAGCAAAUAGAUGCAUGUGAUCACGAUCGCCAGUGUUCAUAUUCGCAAUGCCUGGCGGCUGCUCUCUUUCGGAUACUCGACGCUGAAAAUGGAACUGCCUGCACCACCAGUGCGCCAAUUCUCAUUGGGAGCACACACUUUUAUUUCUCUCCGACUGCUGACUUUUGGCGUUACAUACAAGCAUGUGCCGUGCGUCAGCAUCUAAACGAUGUGGCCAAUAGGGCGCAUUGCCAGUUGGGUCUUCCAGUAAGCAUCAUCCUGUGCGGUGACAUCAAUCAACGUCCGCAUGGACCUGCGUUUAACGCAUUACUGGAUGACGCCCACGGUUUGCAAGCUUCCUCCCUCCCUCUCCGAUUAUCCUCGGCGUACUCAUACGAUUCGGAAUCGUUCACCAACUGGGUUCCUGGCUUCAAGGCCUCGUUAGACGUCAUACUUUACAGCGCCGACUCUGGUCUUAAAUGCGUACGGACCUUACCGUUACCCAGACAGGACCAAAUCGUGCACACCCUUGAAGCACCUCCCGCAGCGAUGGAUAUGAGCUCGAAAGGCGAACCGGUAACCGGGUUAGAUGUGUAUGCCCUCCCGAACAAAGAAUUCCCCAGUGACCAUCUGCCUCUUUUGGCCGAUUUUCAUCUGUCCAAUUAAGGGCUUCGGCACUCCCACCACUUUUGUAUUGUGAUAUUUCCUACACUGUUACUGCGAAAAACAUCAUUGAAACUGAACACCUUUCUGUUAUACCUUUUCAAUAUAGAACAUUUCAUGUGAUAAGUGAGCGGGUCGAUCCGCCUAAACUCUUUCUUCC